AUGAAACAAGAACUUUUCAACUUUGAAGGCGUCGAACUGAUGGUCAUGAUGAUGAAGGAAAAACGCCUCGCCCGAUCACGCGCUAUCAAAUUGCUCGACUACGCCCUCCAAUCACCCACCGGCGCCCCCUCCUGCAUCUGCUUCAUCAUCGUUACCUUCUUCUCCGCCUUCAUGGGCAAAUACACGCACAAAUCCAAAAAUCGGCACCUCCAGACCAGCCAGAGUCAUUCGCCAGAGAGGAUCAGGCUGAUAACCAAAUUUGUCGAGGAAGGGUAUGCAAAGGUGGAGAGGCUGCUUGGACUGCGCGAAGCUGCCGAAAGCAGGCUCUCGCCCGUCAAGCAAAAUAUCGACAACGAAAAAAAGACUCUGAGAGCGGAAGGCGCGGGAGAAGAGGAGAUUGAAGAGAUGGAGGUGGAGUGGUAUUUGAGAAAGAUGGAUGCGGGGCUGGCGAGUUUGCAGAAUACAAAUUAUGUGAUUGCAUGGGUAUGA